AUGACAAAAAAAGGAUUUAAUAUUAUAGAAUUUCAAUCAUUAUCAGAUGAAGAGUUUUUAAAAAAGUAUUGGAUUGAUAAAAGCCAUGCAGCAAAGUUAUUACCGUUGUUGGCCAAAGAGGUAUCACAAAAAAAAGAAAGAACCAUUGCAGAUAGUUUAUUAUUUACUCUAAGAUUCUUUAAAUCUAAUAGAACCUUUGAUAAAUUAAGCCAAGAAUAUUUAUGUAGCGAAAAAUAUAUGAGAGAUAAUAUUGUUUUAUGUAUCAGUUUAUUAAAAAAGAUUUCAUUUAAACCUAAUUUUAGAGAAAAAUACUUUUCGAAACCAAUUAUUAAAGGAAAUAAAAAAAUAUAUUCAAUGGUAUAUACAAUGUUUUUUUCAUCAAAUAAAAAUAGGGAUUUGGCAGAAGGAUAUGAAAAUAAAAAACAAGGUAAGCAAGGAAUAAUUUAUCAAAUUAUGAUCGAUAUUGCAACAGCAAGAAUUAUAGAUAUUUGUGGUCCAUAUCCUGGUGGAAUGACAGAUUCUCAAGUUUUAAUCGAAAGUAAUUUAAAUUUAAAGGUUUUAGAAAAUGAAUGUGUUUUGGCAAAAGAAGACAGCUAUUCAGAAUUAAAGAAAGAUGAAACUUAUAAGAAAAUACUACUACUCGACGAUUCAAGCAAAGAAUUUAAACAGGGUUUGGCAAUGGCAAAUUAUAUUGAAGCUAGAAUUAGACAAUUAAGUGUAUGUAGUAGUAGUUGGAGAGGUACCCAGCUUGAUAAAUUUAGUGAGGUUUUAGAAGCUGUAUUUUGGUUAUUAAUGAAGAAUGAGUUAUUAGAGAAUGGUGAUCUCCCAAAUAAUGAUGAAGAGGAAGAAAAUGAAACGGUAAAUAGAUUGCAAAGACAACAAAAUGAAGAGGAAACUGACAAUGAAGAAGAGAAUGAAGAGGAGGAAGAGGAGGAAGAUACCACAAAUGAAACAAUAAGAAGGGGCUACAAUGAUAAUAUUAAUGAAGAAGAGGAGGAGGAAGAGGUUGAAAAGCAAAAAAAAACUGUGGAUCAGGACCAGGAAGAAGAGGAGGAGGAAGAGGAAGAUGUAGGAGAGGAUUCCGAUAGUGAUUAUGAAGAGGAGGAAGAAGAGGAGGAGGAGGAGGAAGAAGAGGUUGAUGAAAAUCAAAAAAAGAGAAAAAGAAAAAGUGUACAAAAAAAAACCACCUCUGCACCCAAGUCAAAUAAAAAAAAUAAAAAAACAAAAGAUAGUGGUAGUGAUAGUGAAAAAGAUUCAAGUGAAGGUGAAGCAUUAGAAAAUAGUUUUGGUAAUAGAAAGCUACGGGGUGAAAGGGCCCAACAAAGAAAGAGGGAUAAAAUAUUAGCCCAACAAAGAGAAGAGGAACUACGAAAAGAAAGAGAAGUAUUAUUAAACUCUCCAUUAUCUGCAAUAAAAAAAUUGGUUCGUAAUGAUAAUAAUAAUAAUAAUAAUAAUAAUGGUCCAAAUAUAAUAGAGGCACUUAAUAGUAAUAAUAACAAUGGCAAUACAAUCUCUGAUACAGUUUGUAAAUUAAAUCAUUUUUAUAAUAUUGAUAAAAUUGAAAUUUCUCAACCAUUUAUAUUCCCAUGUCAAAAUAAAAUAGUAUUGGUUUUUUCACUACCACCAUUCUCAAUUAAUUUUAUUGGAUACAGGUUAAAUAUUUCAAAAUUGGAAGUUAAAUACCAAGUUAAUAUACCUUGUAGAAACGAUCUGUUCCAAUUCAUCCCAGUUGCCGAUGGGUCAAUAUGGGAGCAAAACACCCAAAGUAACAAAGGUUUAAAAUCACCAAUAAAAUUAUUAACUGUAGAUUUACCAACUAAUUUAAUCUAUGACUUUUCCAAAUCAACCAAAAUAAUUAGAGAUCAACAAAUGAAAAUAUCAUUACCCCACAACAUAUCAAAAAAUAGUAUUACUGAAUGGAAAGUUUAA